CGCCGAGUAGGGGGCACCGCGCGGGUGCAGCCACGAUGGAAGGGGGUGCGUACGGAGCGGGCAAAGCCGGGGGCGCCUUCGACCCCUACACCCUGGUCCGACAGCCGCACACCAUCCUGCGCGUCGUGUCUUGGGUAUUCUCCAUCGUGGUGUUUGGCUCCAUUGUGAACGAGGGCUACCUCAACAGCCCCUCGGAGGGCGAGGAGUUCUGCAUCUACAACCGCAACCCCAACGCCUGCAGCUACGGCGUGACCGUGGGCGUGCUGGCCUUCCUCACCUGCCUGCUCUACCUGGCCCUCGAUGCCUACUUCCCGCAGAUCAGCAGCGUCAAGGACCGCAAGAAAGCCGUCCUGUCAGACAUCGGAGUCUCGGCCUUCUGGGCUUUCCUGUGGUUCGUGGGCUUCUGCUUCUUGGCCAACCAGUGGCAGGUCUCCAAGCCCAAGGACAACCCGCUGAACGAGGGGACCGACGCCGCCAGGGCCGCCAUCGCCUUCUCCUUCUUCUCCAUCUUCACAUGGGCGGGCCAGGCCGUGCUGGCCUUCCAGCGGUACCAGAUCGGCGCCGACUCGGCCCUCUUCUCCCAGGACUACAUGGACCCCAGCCAGGACUCGAGCAUGCCUUACGCACCCUACGUGGAGCCCAGCAGUGGGCCGGACACCGCCGGCCUGGGCGGCACCUACCAGCAGCCAGCCAACGCCUUUGAUGCCGAGCCCCCAGGCUAUCAGUCGCAGGGCUACUGAGCCGCAGUGACCGCCUGCUCCCUGGCCUGUCCCCCCUGCCCCCUGCCUCCUCUACCACCGCCCUCCCCCUCCUUCCUAGCCCUGUCCAGACAUGGGGGCGUCUGCGUGUGUGUGCGUGUUUCUCUCGAGGGCGGGUAUCCAGCAGGGGAGGGACCCUGCAGCCAGGGAACUUGUAUCCAUUCCCUGUG